GGCGGCGGCCCGGAGCGCAGCCCGCCGAGUCCGGCCAUGGGCAGCGGCAGCAGCCGGCGGCGGGGGCCCGCGGGCAGAGCGGGGCAGAGCCGGGACCUGCCGGGGACCGCGCCGGCCGACGGCGAGGGGGCGGCGGCACCGCCCGGCUCCGGCUGCCGAGCCCCGGCCGCCGGCGGCAGCGCCGAGCCCCGGGCCGGCGGGAGCAGCGCGGAGGCGGCGGGAGGCGGCGGCGGGGCCCCGCUCCAGCAGGCGGCUUUGUCAACCAGAAGCCCACCAGGCCCAGAGAACAACAACCUUGACCAGUGCCCAGAAAGCAACAAGAAGCCAUUGGGGCAGUCCACAAUAUUAUAUGAUUACUCGGAGGAGGAGCUCAUGGCCAGCAUCGAGCGGGAGUACGGCCGCUGA